GUGAAACUUUUCAAGGGACUAGAAUGUUUCCUGUGAUCUGAUUGCAAAUAAGUUCUGGAACUCGAACGCAUUGUGACGUCAUCGGCUCAUAGAACUGAUCUCUCCCAGUGAACACGUUCCACUGCUGUCUCAGAAGUUAGUCCCAAAUCACAUAAGAUAUCACUACGAUCUCAAGCGGAUACAACAUUGCAUCACUGCACGUUUUCUACGGAGGCAAACAAAUCGUCAGAAAUAUUUGUAUUUCUGCAACCAAAUACUUCUAACCAGUCUGUAAUUUGUGGUGUACUAACCUUUGGUUCAAAUGGACGGAGGAGACGGACCCCACAUUCGUCCUAGUUGGCAACAUCGUCUGCGCCACUUGAUGGAGGAUAUUGCACAUCACGCGCGUAUUGGCGCUGGAAUGAUCGUCUGGCUGCAAUUCAUCAUCGCUAAUGGACUGGAAAACGAAGCUGUGUUGAUUGCCGUUGUUGAUGAAAAUCUUGCCAACGGUGAAGGAGUUCGCCGCGCUGGAGCUGCUGCUGCUGCUGCUGUUGAGCCCCAAAUUGACAUGGUGGUCAACCAGCUUCUGAGAGCAGCUGCUCGGCCCCAAGUUGACGUGGAAGUCAACCGGCCUGUGGAAGCAGCUGCUGAGCCCCAAGUUGACAUGGAAGUCAACCGGCCUGUGGAAGCAGCUGCUGAGCCCCAAGUUGACGUGGAAGUCAACCGGCUUGGGGAAGCAGAAGAUCCCCUGCCAGGAGGAUCCAGCAGGAGGUUGUCUGAUGCCGCCUCUGACAGUGACUAUAGCAGCGAUGCUGAGGAAGAAGACCCAGCAUCCGUGCCCUCCUCUAGCCCCGUGCCUGGAGGAUCCAGGAAGAGGUCAAGAGAGGAAGACGAUGAAGCUGAUGAGAUGAGUGCAAAGCGAAUCAGGUGCUUGUCUAACGCCGUCUCUGACAGUGACGAUGGCAGCGAUGCUGAGGAAGACGACCCAGCAUCAGCGCCCUCCUCUAACCCGAUACCUGGAGGAUCCAGGAAGAGGUCAAGAGAGGAAGACGAUGAAGGGAAUGAGAGAAGCAGCAAACAAUUCAGACACUAAUUAAGUUUGCUGACAGACAUUUCUCCAGAAUCCUAUAUUAAUGUCCCAAGUUGACGUGGAAGUCAACCGGCCUUAUUCUGAUGACUCUGAUGCCAUUUGUCUUUCAAAGAGAUUAUGAAUUUAGAAUUUUUUAGUUUUAUGAAUUUAGUUUUUUUUAGUUUUAUGAAUUUAGUUAUAUUUUUUUAUUUUGUAUCACAACUGUACUAUCCUGAAAUGUUUGAGUUUAGAGAUUUACAUUGUUUACUUUUGACGAAAUAAAUAAUAAAACACCUGGCAUAAACAGGUUUCAUACAGUAAUACUGAAGGACAAACCUGGUGUUUAGUUUAUUACUCCAACUCUUUUAUUCCUUCUGCUAUCAGGUUAUUAAACUCAGACCGUAGUCAUUUCAGGUGAGAUUUUUAUUGACAGUUCCCUUACAUGAUAAAUCAUGUAACAAUGUCUAUUUAUUA